CUCCCCGGACCCGGCGGCCUCGCCCCAGAGCGGGCCGGCUGGGCUCUCGGCGGAGGACGGAGCGCAGGCUUCCUCCUCCCGCCAGGGAAAGCAGAGAGAAUGAAAGCCUAUCUCAAGAGCGCAGAAGGCUUUUUUGUCCUAAAUAAAAGCACCACGAUCGGAAAGCAUGAGGAUUCGGACCUGGUGUUACAGUCCGCAGACAUCGACAACCACCACGCGCUUAUUGAGUACAAUGAGGCUGAGGGCAGCUUUAUUCUCCAGGACUUCAAUUCCUGCAACGGCACGUUUGUCAAUGAAUGCCACAUUCAGAAUGUGGCCGUGAAGCUGAUACCUGGGGACAUCCUGAGGUUCGGGUCUACUGGGCUGACCUAUGAGCUGGUCAUCGAAAACCCACCCCAGGUCUCGUAUCCGUGGGUGAGGGGUCCAGUACCUUGGCCCAGGCCGCAGCCCCCUCGGGCCACCCAACAGCCAAACACGUCGCCCUCGCCUCCGCAUUUCCCCUUCCACCAGGGCAGCCGGCCAGUGCCUGUGCAGCGGAGCUGGUCCCAGGGGUUCCCCAGGUCCACCGGGGUCCCGCCUGCCUCCCACCAGCGACCCGUGAGCGCCAAGGGGAAGAUAUUCUCCUUCGUCAUGGACCACAAGUCCCCAGUCAUCAAGCAAGUGUGGACCAACACUGUGGACAUGCCAGAGCAAUCCAUGGCUGAAGGAGUCCCUGGGUCAGCCUCUGCCUCAGAGAUGUUUGUGGACCAGGACCUGGCCCAGCAGGAAAAGGACGAAAUAAUCCUGCUGCUGGGGAAAGAAGUCAACCGCCUCUCGGAUUUUGAGCUUGAAUCCAAAUAUAAAGACGCGGUCAUAGCGAACCUGCAGAACGAAGUGGCCGGGCUGAACCAGAAGCUGUCGGAGAAUACAGCCUCCAGGAAGAGCGACAAGGGCGUCCCGAAGAAGUUCCAGGAUCCCGAUGAAGACAGCGACGCCAGACAAAGGGAGAUCCAGAGCCUGAAAAGCCAGAUCAGCGCCCUUCAGAAGGGCUACAGCCAGGUGCUGUGCCAGACCCUGUCUGAGCGGAACUCAGAGAUCGCAUCCCUGAAGACUGAGGGGGAGAACUUGAAGAGGGACAACGCCAUCACAGCAGAGAAAGUGACAUCUUUGCAAAAAGACAUGUUAGCACGGACUGAGCAAGUUCAACAGCUAAAAGAGGAAGUAAAUCAACUAAAGAAUCAGAACAAAGAAAAAGAGCACCAGCUGGAGGCGCUGGGCUCCAGAUGCUCGGCCCUCAAAGAAGAGUUAAAAAAGGAAGGUGCCCAGAAGGAGCACAGGGAAUCCCAGGAGAAGGAAUUAAAAUGCUGCAAAACCCAAAUCCAAGAUAUGGAGAAAGAAAUAAAGAAGCUCAGGGAGGAGCUGAGGAAGAGCUGUUCUGAGCAGAACACCAUCUCCAGGACUCUGCGGGAAAAGAGCAAGGUUGAAGAGAAACUUCAGGAGGACUCCAGGAGGAAAUUGCUUCAGCUGCAUGAAAUGGGGAACAGAGAGAGCCUCAUUAAGAUCAAUUUGGAAAGGGCAGUAGGUCAGCUGGAGCAUUUCCGAAGCCAGGUCAUCAAGGCCACCUAUGGACGAGUGAAGCCAUUUCCGGACAAGCCUAUCACUGACCAGCAGCUCAUAGAGAGGAUCACCCAGGUCACCGAGGACAACAUCAAGCUUCAGCAGAACAAGUGGAGCCUGGAGCAGGAGACCCAGACGAGCAACUCGAGGCAGGAGGAGACCGCAGAGAGCGCGGAGAAGCUGAGGGCCAUUCUGGACAGCUGCCAGGACUGCAUGAGAACGUCCUGCUGCAGCAGGGACCUGAAGAGGGAGGUGGACCUUCUGCAGGGCCUUCAGGUGAGCUCACCUAUGUCAGGGCUGCAGAAGGCGAUGGUGGACCUCCUGAGCCUCUCGAUGGCCUGGCUGGAGGGAAUGGAGCAGCUCUUCGGGGACCUCGGCCUCCAGCUUUCCAGCUCUGACAAAGGCUUCUCUUUAUAUCCUGUACGUCUUCUGGAACAUUAUAAAAGAAUUAUGAGCCAGACCCAGGAGCUCCAGGUCCAGAUCAACAGUUCUCAAGAAAUACAGGAGAAAGUGCUGCAGGAGGCACUGAAGGAGCAUCUGGCAGAGAAGGAGAAGCUGACCAAGGAGAGGCUGGAGCUAGAGGAGAAGCUGAAGGCCAGAGUCAAGCAGCUGAUGGAAGAGAAGGAGGCGUUGGAGGAUAGAGUUGCCCAAGAGAAAAACAAAGCCAAGGAGGAAAAGAAGAAGGUGUGCGAGCUGGAGGAGCGGCUGGCCCAGCAGAAGGAGGCUUUGGAAGACAGCAUAGAGAAAGGCAGAGCCAGGGAAGCCCUAGAGGAGGCACAGAGGAGGGUCCGUGACCUGGAGAACCGCCUGGCCCGCCACAAAGAGAUCUGGGAGAGCAGCAUGGCCUACGAGAAGAGGAAAUCAAAGGAGGUGCUAGAGAUGGAACGGAGGAGAGUGCAGGACCUGGAGAACCACCUGACCCAGCAGAAGGAGAUCUCCGAGAACAGCAUCGCCUACGAGCGCCAGAAAGCAAAGGAGGCCUUAGAAAAGGAGCGGAGGCAGGUGCAGGACCUGCAGAACCGCCUGACCAAGCAGGGAGAGGAGAUCGAAUUGAAAGGGCAGAGAGAGGACGAUUUAAAUAAUAAAUUAAAUGACGCACUGGCCCGGGUAGAACAGACGCAGCAAGCGAAGACGGCAGAAAGUCGAAAAGCCGAGAACCUCGCCCUGAAAUUAAACGAAACUUUAGCCGAACUGGAAACCACCAAGACAAAAAUGAUCCUGACAGAGGAGCGGCUCAUGCUGCAACAGCAGACAGUAAAGUCCCUCCAGGAGGAACGGGAAUCCCAGAAGCACGGAUUCGAAGAGGAAAUCAUGGAAUAUAAGGAGCAAAUCAAGCAGCAUUCCCAGACGAUUGUGAGUCUAGAGGAAAGGCUCCAGAAAGUGGCCCAGCACCAUAAGAAAAUAGAAGGCGAGAUCGCAACUUUGAAGGACAGUGACCCAGCUCAAAAGGAGGAGCCGCCACCGAAGCCUCCAGCGGCCCCGCCCUCCGACGGCAAUGCCAAAGAGACGGCGUGUGACCACUUGAUAGACGACCUCCUGGUGGCGCAGAAGGAGAUUCUGUCUCAGCAGGAGAUCAUCAUGAGGUUGAGGCAGGACCUGAAUGCAGCCCACGGCCGGAUGACAGACUUGAGAGGGGAGCUGAACGAGAAGCAAAAGGUAGAGCUGGAGCGGCAGGUGGCCCUGGUCGAGCAGCAGAACGGCGAGCUGAACGCGCUCAAGGCGAAAAUGGCACAGAUGAGCAGCCAAGCGGAGAGAAAGGACAAGGAGCUGAAGGCCUGCAAGGAAGCUCUUAGGACUUACCAAGAGAAACACAAGCACCAUCUGAGCUCGGAGAAGGAGCAUAAGCUGAGGACUCCCACCCAGAAGUGUGACAUCUCGGUGCAGAUAGACCCAGUCCACCUGGAUGUUUCCUCAAGCAGCCAAGAGGAGCAAUCCUUCAGUGACCUCGGGGCCAAAUGCAAAGGGCACCGGCAUGAGGAAGUCAUCCAGCGUCAGAGAAAGGCCUUGUCAGAGCUCCGCAUGCGAAUCAAAGAGCUGGAGAAGGCCAACUCUUGCAAGCCUAAGGACCACCUGAAUGAAUCACUUCUAGAAUUAAAGACUCUCAAAAUGGAAAAAAAUGUCCCCAAAAUGUUAUUGGACACAAAACCCAAUUUUCCAGCUCUCUCAAGAAUAGAGAUCCAAGCGAAUGGCUUUACCAACUCAGGGUCCCUCUCUGCCAUGGAGAAGUCAGGGAGAGCAGACGUGGCCGAGGCCUUAGAGCUCAGUGAAAAGCUGUACAUGGACAUGAGCCGAACGCUGGGGAGCCUCAUGAACAUCAAGGACAUGUCGGGCCACGUGUCCAUGAAGCACCUCUCCCCCGAAGACAGGGAGAGAAUCAACCAGCUGCGACAGAGGGACCUGGAUCUGGUGUUUGACAAGAUCACACAGCUCAAGAGCCGGCUGCAGAGGAAAGAGGAGAUUCUGCAGGGCUACGAGCGGGACAUAGAGCAGCUCAGGCAGAGCAAAGUGUCCGUUCAGAUGUACCAGUCACAGGUGGCCAAACUGGAGGACGACAUCUACAAGGAGGCCGAGGAGAAGGCGCUGCUGAAGGAGGCCCUGGAGCGCACGGAGCAGCAGCUGCAGCAGGAGAAGAGGCUCAACAGAGCCGCCAGGCAGCAGAAGAGACGGAUGAUUGUAGAGACGGUGAAGAACAAGAUGCAGAGCGCAAAUUUCCAGGUUGGAGCCAAGAGAACCACCUUAAAGAUGGACAAAGAAAAAGACAUGAAGAGAGAAACGUCCAGCAAAUCCAGCCAGAGUCUUUUGUCUACUAACCCUGGAGGAAGGAGCUAAGAAAACUUCGCUUCACCUGGGCUCCAGCAGUACCUCUACGAGGAGGUUGAAGCCCAGGGAGGCCCUCUGGCCUGCCUAAGCUCACACAGCUAGUAGACUCAGCAGCUGGGUGCUGAGCACCAAUUUCUAGUUCUAAGUCCUACUGUCCAUUCUGCUACGCCAAGAUGGCCCAGUCACUCUAGUCCAGGCCACAAGGACAUGCCAAGUUUCCAGUCAUUAAAGAGCGUGUACUGCCCAGGAGGACACGCUCCCUUCCCAUGGAGUUUGGGAAGACCCUUGUGCCCCGUUUCUCUCACACCCUGCCUUCACUCCAGCCAUCUGUUCUCGCCCCACCUCUCUUCUCUGACAGGAUAGAGCCAAAAGUCAUGAGUCCAACUGAUUUUUUUUUUCUUUGAAAAAUCCACAAUAAAAAAUAUUUUUGUAU